AUGGCUAGAAUUAAAGGCAUUCAGGGCUGUAUGCAAAGAAGAUCAGAUGGAGCAGGAUUGGUGAAAUUAGAGAAAAAGCUUCAAAAAGAGCUUAAUUAUAUUCUUGGGAAGGAAGAAAUUAUGUGGCAUCAAAGGUCCAUAACUGAAUGGUUAAAGGGUGGAGAUAGGAAUACGAAGUAUUACCAUUUUAAAACUAUCAACAGACGGCGGAGAAAUAGGAUCACAGUGCUCAAGGAUGACAAUGGGGUGUGGAUAGAGGAUAAUGAGCAGUUAAAAGAAUUGGUUAACAGUUUCUAUAGGAAGCUUUUUGCACUCAAGUAUAACUGGAAGGUGCUUCAUAAUACCAGCAUCAGCUUUCUUAGACUGCAAGAAUCAGAUUUAAAUAACUUAAAGAUGCAUAUUAAUGAUGGAGAAGUAAAAAAGCGGUUUUUGCAAUGA